AUGGCAUUAUACAACUUCAAACGUAUCCAGCCGGUCCCAGCGGCAAAUGACUUUUUGGACAUUGUCCUGUCAAGGACACAACGAAAAACACCGACUGUCAUUCAUAAAAGCUAUAAAAUUGGAAGGAUAAGACAAUUUUAUAUGCGUAAAGUUAAAUUUACGCAGGACACCUUUGAAGAGAAGUUGAAAGCAAUGUUGGAAGAAUUUCCGAAACUCGAUGAUAUUCAUCCAUUUUACGCUGACUUGAUGAAUGUAUUAUACGAUAAAGAUCAUUAUAAGCUUGCUUUAGGUCAAAUUAAUACAGCUCGUCAUUUAAUUGAUCAAGUUGCAAAAGAAUAUGUCCGAUUACUGAAAUUUGGCGAUUCAUUGUAUCGUUGCAAACAAUUAAAGAAAGCAGCGCUUGGCAGAAUGGCGACUAUCAUGAAACGUCAGAAAGAUAGUCUGGCAUACCUUGAACAAGUUCGACAACAUUUAUCUCGUCUGCCCUCGAUUGAUCCUAAUACUCGGACUCUGUUAGUCUGUGGUUAUCCGAAUGUAGGAAAAUCUAGUUUCAUGAACAAAGUGACAAGAGCCGAUGUUGAUGUACAACCAUAUGCUUUUACCACAAAGUCUUUAUUUGUCGGACAUAUGGAUUAUAAAUAUCUUAGAUGGCAGGUUAUUGAUACUCCUGGUAUUUUAGAUCAUCCGUUGGAGCAAAUGAAUACUAUAGAAAUGCAAUCUGUUACUGCACUCGCGCAUUUACGUGCUUGCAUUUUGUUUUUUAUGGAUCUGUCGGAACAUUGCGGAUAUAGCGUUGAAGAUCAAAUUAAUGACUUUUACCAGAUAAAGCUCUACCAUAAUAUCAAGCCUCUGUUCACCAAUAAACCAACCUUUAUCGUCAUAAAUAAAAUCGAUAUUGUACGUCCUGAAAAUUUGCCUGUUGAGCAGCAAGACAUGCUAAAAGAAAUUACGGAAAAAGAUGGUGCUCAAAUUAUCCAGCUGAGCUGUCACACAGACGAGGGGGUGAUGGAUGCUCGAAAUAUUGUUAAAUUAAAGGGUCAAAAGAUAAACGACGUCAUUAAUAAAAUCCAUCUUGCUGAACCUCAAGCAAGAGAUAAUGUCGCACGACCACCAAUCAUUCCUGAAGAGGUUAAAGGACGUUCAUUAUUUAAUAUUAAUGAUCCAAAUAGACGGAAAUUAGAGAGAGAUUUAGAGGUUGAAAAUGGUGGACCAGGGGUAUAUAGCGUAGACCUUAAUAAAUUAUAUAUAGUUAAGGAUCCUGAAUGGAAAUAUGACUCAAUACCAGAAAUUAUCGACGGUAAAAAUAUCGCAGAUUUUAUUGAUCCUGACAUUCAAGAAAAAUUGGAUCUUCUUGAACGAGAAGAAGAAAGAUUAGAAAAUGAAGGAGUUUACGACUCAGUUGAAGAAAUCGUUGAUUCGGAAGAUGAAGCAUUAAGAAAUUUGGCUACUGAGAUACGAGAGAAAAAGAAAUCUAUUAUUCAAGCACAUAGGUCUAAAAAGAUGAUGAAGAAUCGUCCAAUUUUGCCGAGGACUGUAAAGACAAAAUCUAUUGAGGAAAUGGAAGAACAAUUGGGCAAACUCGGACUUGAUACAAGUGCAGUGCGUGCUCGUAGUCUAACGCGUAAAAGGAAACGGGAUGAUGACGGAGAUUCCGAUCAUAUGGACAUUGAUCGUUCUCCUAGUGAUCUCAAGAGUAGAAGGCUUGGUUUGUCCGUCACCCGUGAUCGGAGCGUUGCAGGAUUGACUAUUGGUCAACAAAAACAAACAGCAAAGUAUCGAAAAUUUGCACAACGACGUCCAAAUCAACAUGCUAAAGCUGGCGAAGCUGAUCGAAGUAUUCAAGUGAAGCGGCCAAAACACUUGUUUAGUAAAAAGAGUAGUAUUGGAAAGAGAGAUUGGCGAUAA